AUGGCAAAUAUUCAACUUGGUGUUAUUGCUAUUCAAAUUUGCUCAUUUGUUAUUGUUAUUGUAUUGUGGACGCAUAACAAUAAAAAAUUACUCCAUCGAAAAUCUCAAAAUGAAAAUGUUAGCGUACGUUAUCAGUUACGUGAAAAUGUUUCAACGUCAAAAUUAUUGGUACCAUUUGUUGCAAUUAUAACAGUAUUUAUUCUUACGGGUGCAUUACUACAUCUUGUGCUACCUUCACGUCAUAUAGAUAAUUAUUCGAUUAUUGCUGAUCAAUUAAUCACGUAUUGUUUUUGCGCUGAAAUACAGGCUUGUUCUCUACCAAUUGCAUCAAUUAUUCUUGCCAUUAUCUUAUUUCACGCAAGUAAAACAAUUCAAAGUUCACUUUUUCACGUACUUGGCCUUGAAUGUUGCGUAAAACUUGGCAGAUCAAAUUCAAUUAAUAUAUCACCAGAUCAAUUCAUCCGUCAAGCUUACUUUGAUCAAUUACAACAGCAAUGGAAUAAUGAUCAAUCAAUUUCUAGAAAUGGCGCAAUUUGUAAUAAUUUAGAGUACAAAAAUUUCCGCAAUAUUACUUUUUAA